AUGGCCCAAUUUGUCCAUAACCUCACAGAGAAGGCCCCAGUGCUGGUAAAUGCUGCUGUGACUCACUCAAAAGUUCAGCUGACCACAUUUUGGCACUAUGCCAAAGUUGAGCUGAUUCUUCCAACCCUUGAUGAGAUCCCAAUAGCUAUUCAGAGCUUGAAAAAAAUAGCCAAUAGCACUCAAAGUGGUGGCUUCAAACAGCUCACAGUUAAGGAAGCUGUGCUGAAUGGCUUGGUGGCCGCUGAGGUAUGGAUGUGGUUUUACAUAGGCGAGAUAAUGGGCAAGCGUGCAUCUAUUGGCUAUAAUGUUUGA